GUGCACAGGCAGCAGCUGGUGGACAAGGAGGUGAAAAUGAGGAGCAAGAACUUCUCCCAGGCCCGUCCUAUGACUCGUUACCUGCCCAUCCGCAAGGAGGAGUUUGACCUGCGCUCCCACAUCGAGUCAUCCGGCCACAACGUGGAGACCUCUUACCACGUUAUCCUCACAGGCAAGAUGUGUAAGGGUUACCUGGUCAAGAUGGGCGGAAAAAUCAAGUCGUGGAAGAAACGCUGGUUUGUCUUCGACCGCCUCAAAAGGACCUUCUCCUAUUACGUUGUGGAGAAUAAACCUAAUUGA